AUGUUGCUGGAGGGAAUUGAUGAAAUUCUCUCUCAGAAACCCGAGUUCGACUGGGACAGCGAGACCCAAGGCCUGGUCCUCUCAUCCGCCUACUACACCGGCAUCGUCUCCCCCUUCUUCGGCAGCGCCCUCUCCAGGAGGUUCGGGCCUAAGAACGUCAUCUUCAUCGGCCUGUUUAUUGGGGGGUUGUCGUCGAUGUUGGUACCGACGGGGGCCCGUGCUAGCGUCUAUGUCGUGGUUGUUCUGAGACUUCUAAUGGGCUUCUUCUUGAAUCUAAUUGUGCCGGCGACCCAGGACCUGUGGGCAUACUGGGCCCCAGUACAAGACAAGGCGCAGCUCCUCGCCUUCACCUUCACAGGCUACACGAUUGCCAACAUCGUCGCAUUUGCAGCCUCUGGUUAUCUUUGCACAAUACCGAUUGAUAACGGUUGGCCCUUCAUCUUCUAUGUCUUUGAAACAUGUUUUGGUGAUGAGCGCGGUUUUUGUGUAUUCCAAGGGGGACUGACCGUCUUGUGGUGUGGAUUAUGGCUAUUGACGGCUCAUGAAACACCGGAGUCCCACCCGUCAAUUUCACAACAGGAGCUGCAGCACAUAGCCAGAUACAGGCAGGGUGUGGACCCUGGCAAGCAAAAAGCGGAAAUCCCUUGGCGAUGUCUUCUGACCAGUCCUCCGGUCUGGGCAUUCGUGGUCGUUUCCUUCUGUCAUUUCUGGAACUCUAGCCUCCUAUUUAGUUAUUUACCCACUUACAUGAGCACAGUGCUGAUGUUUGACGUCGAGCAGAACGGCUUGCUCUCGUCGGUACCGUACAUCGCAAGGUUCUGUGGACUUUUCACGUGGACAUAUCUGUCUGGAGCUCUCGGUAAGAGAAUCAGCGUCACCAGAGUCCGGAAGAUCGUGCAGACGACAGGGUUUCUGGCAGCGGCACUGCUGACCGUCGGAAUCAUCAACACCCCGGUGUCACAGAGAACAGUCCACGUCGUGCUGAUUGCAGGGGUGACGUCCUGCCAGUGCUGCACCGUCGCCGGGGCCCUUGUCACAACGCUAGACAUGGCUCCUCAGUUUGCGUCAGUAAUUACAGCACUUGGAACAGCGGGGUCGGUGGUGGCACAGAUGUUGUCCCCGUUGAGUACGUCUUACAUCAUCGUCGACAGGACCCGGGAGCAAUGGAACAUCGCCUUCUACCUCACCGUCGGCAUCUACCUAUUUGCCACCACCGUGUUUCUUAUUUUCGGAAAUGGCGAGUUACAGUCAUGGGCAGAUAACUCUCGUACUGUCAAGACUGAGGAACCAAAUAAAGGUUACCUGAACAGCGCUUACAGCAGUGAUACUGCACCACAGAGUGGACCCAAGGAGGAGAAAGACGUUGGUCCAGAAAGGACAAUGACACACUCUUGACAACAAUUUUCCCAUGUAGAUUCUGUUCAUCCUCAUCUCAUCUCCAUUUUUCGAGAUAUGGGUUCCACCCUCUGCAUGAUAAUGCAUUUACAAAAAUUGUCUUACUUUCUUCAAUAAAGGAAGUGUUUUCUUCAUCAAUCCUGAAGGGUUAAUGCAUUUUCAACAAAUUUUGGCAAACUUUGUUUGGCACAUUCACAAUUCUGGUAUAUGUUUGCGUAUUGGCUGAUUGCUUUAGCUAAUGGACUGAAAAGAAAAAAAUAAA